AUGCCUAUCUCGUCCUCCUCCGGCAUGUAUCAGCAAGGGCCCACUUGCUUCGACAAAAUGAAAAUGGGCUUCACUAUUGGUUUUUGUGUCGGUUUGGCCAGUGGUGCUCUAUUUGGAGGAUUUUCUGCCUUGAGGUAUGGAAUGAGAGGACGUGAACUUGUAAAUAAUGUUGGAAAAGUCAUGCUUCAAGGUGGUGGCACUUUCGGAACAUUCAUGGCUAUUGGAACUGGCAUUCGAUGUUGAAGCUUUGUUACACCAGCCCAAAUCUUUUGUAGUUCUUACACAAAUUAUAUAUAUAUGUAAUCAUGAACGAAUGAGGUGUCAAAUACUAAAUAUUUAGAUGUAAAUAAAAAUCUGUUUAAGCGACGAAGGGUUUAAUUUAUCAGUUUUACGUGUUUUAUUCAGCUCUACAUGCAUCAUUUCAUACCUGUCAUAUUU